AUGGCGCGCCCCGAGCUCCAGCUGCUGCUGCCGAAGCCCUUCUCGCUGCUGGCUCUGCUCGCCGUCGCCCUGCUGCUCCAGGGACGCGCCGGCAGCGCGGCUCCCUUGCAGGGCAGCGGGACCCCGAUGGCCAAGAUCUAUCCCCGAGGCAGCCACUGGGCAGUGGGUCACUUCAUGGGGAAAAAGAGCACUGGAGAGUUCCCUUAUAUAUAUGAAGAGCAAAACGAAACUCCCUUCUCUUCGCUACCCGAUGAUGCCAAGCAGCUGGGAGACACUUGGCACCGGGGAGAGAAAUACAAACAGAUCCUCAAGAUUCUCGAGGGGAACGAAAGCCAAGGUGCUCAGGUCCUCAGGGAAGAAUUGCCCUUUCCCCGCAAGGGGGCUUGGGAGGCAGAGGACAGCAGCAGUUUCAAAGAAAUGAUGGAUUACCUGCUGCAAGUGAUGGAUAGAAAAGAAACCUCUCCAAGUUGAAGUGACUGUGACCCAACACCGAAGGCAUAGAGUAAUAUCCUUAAGAGACUAUGGUUUUUCAUUUUGUUGUAUAUGAUAAUGUAUGAAUUAUCUUUUGUGUUAAACACAUUUUUCCUUUGGUGUAAAAUAACCUGUUCACUUGUAUUCCUAACAAUGACUACACUUCGGAGUGCUUUCCCCCCUUCCAAGCAGCAUUUUUUUCUCAUUUUGAACUGCUUUGUUGUACAUAAUUGUCAAUGAAGGGUCUUCCAAUUCUCUGAUGGUACUUUGCCAUUUUCCUCUCUGAUCACUUCAUCUUUUAUGUUACAAUCAUUCAGCAUCUCAGCAUUCACAAUAAAUGAG